AUGGAAAACAAUCAAAAUACGCCUCCAUUAAUUAGCCUGGGCGAACAACAGCCGUUAACAUAUCAAAAUGAAUGGUUACAAAAAUUCAUAGAUGAUAACAAAACUAAAGAAGCAGUAAAUUUAUUCUACAAGUCAAUGAAUGUUGACGAUAUGAAAAUUAUUGCUAAUGAGUUGAUAACUAAUAAAACUUGGAUUGUUCUUAAUUUCUCUGGUAGUCCAAUAACAGCAAAAGGAUGUCAAUAUCUAUGUAAUGCACUAGAAAAAAAUUCAACGUUAAAACACCUUUUCCUUUCUUUUAAUCAUUUGGGUGAUGGCGCACAAUUCGUAUGGGAACUAUUGCUAACAGAUAAAAAUAAAACAAUUCAAUCGAUUGAUUUUUCUCAAACUGAAUUAACAGAUAACUGCAUUGAUAAGGUUGUUGGAAUUAUCAAAAAAGAUAGAAUGCGAUAUAUUAGUCUAGACGACGCUCAUCUAUCCAAAGAUGGUAAACAGCAGCUUCGUCAAGCUGCAAUAGAUAAUAAUUAUACUGGAGUUCUUUAUCUAUAA